CCCUAAAACUUUUACAAGAAACCAAUCUUUCCCCACUUUCUUUCCUAACAAAUUACCCUUUUUUUUCAUUAUUACUGAAUAUAAGUUAACAAGACAAGGUCAAAUCAAUGGGUUCUUUGUGCUGGCAAAUUGGUAUCUGCAUUUGGGUUUUCUUGUUCGGUUUCAUCUGGGUUUUUCAGGAUUCAAACAUCGAAAACGGGGCUGUUUCCAUCGAUGGUGAAAGUGGGAUUGCGGAGAUAGAUACAGAUUUCAUCUGUGCUACCAUGGAUUGGUGGCCACCUGAGAAGUGCGAUUACGGUACUUGUAGCUGGGAUAAUGCUUCUCUUCUCAAUGUGGAUCUUAGCAACAAAAUUUUUCAGAAUGCAGUCAAAGCCUUUUCACCAUUAAAGAUUAGAUUGGGAGGGAGUUUACAGGACGUACUUGUCUAUGAAACCGAAGAUCACAUAAAACCCUGCACCCCCUUCACUCAAAACACCUCUGCAUUGUUUGGUUUUAAUGAGGGCUGUCUACCUCUGUCCCGCUGGGAUGAACUAAACAGCUUCUUUAAUGAAACCGGGGCUGAAAUAAUUUUUGGAUUGAAUGCUCUUACUGGAAGGGAAGUGCUAGCUGAUGGUUCGACUGUUGGACCUUGGGACUCCACCAAUGCUGAAUCUCUGAUGCGUUAUACGGUUAAAAAGAAUUACAGCAUGUAUGCUUGGGAACUCGGGAACGAGUUAAGUGGAAGCGGAGUUGGAGCGAGAGUAACAGCAUCUCAAUACGCCAUUGACACAACCCUCCUCAAGAACGUAGUACACGAGAUCUAUGACGGCAUUGAGCCUAAGCCACGUAUUAUCUCACCAGGAGGCUUUUUUGAUGCAAAAUGGUUCAAGGAGUUCAUAAACAAAACAAAUGAAAUCCUCGAUGUGGUCACUCAUCAUAUAUACAAUCUUGGCCCAGGAGUUGAUCAAGGCCUAGUCGAAAAGAUUCUUGAUCCGUCUUAUCUUGAUGGCGAGGCUGAUACUUUUAAGCAACUCAAGAACAUCCUCGCGACCUCCGAAACUUCGGCAUCUGCUUGGGUUGGUGAGGCUGGUGGAGCUUACAAUAGUGGCCACAAUCUUGUGACAAAUGCAUUUGUGUUUAGUUUCUGGUACUUGGAUCAGCUAGGAAUGUCAGCUGUUUAUGACACGAAGACGUACUGCAGACAGUCAUUAAUAGGUGGGAAUUAUGGCUUACUCAACACCACUACUUUUGAGCCGAAUCCGGAUUAUUACAGUGCUCUUCUUUGGCACCAACUAAUGGGGAAAACGGUUCUCGCCACAAACUUUUCGGGGACCAAGAAAAUGCGCUCUUACGCACACUGCGCUAAAAAAUCUGACGGAAUAACGCUUCUACUCAUCAAUCUAGACACCACCACCACCGUUAAUGUAACAUUAACGAUUAAUAGCUUACUUAAAUCUUGGGGACAUGAUAAUCAUCUGCGACAACCGCAUACGAGAAAGGGAAUCCGGAUGGUUAGACAAGAUACAAAGACGGGUGAAUCAGCAAUACGAGAAGAAUACCAUCUGACAGCAAAAGACGGAAACUUGCAUAGUCAAACGAUGGUGCUUAAUGGGAAAGAGCUGACUGUGAACGAGGCAGGUGAUAUACCUCCAUUGGAGCCACUAAACGUUAGUAUAUCAGAACCGAUAACCGUAACUCCCAAUUCUAUUGUAUUUGCCCACAUCCCAUCACUUACUUUGAAUGCUUGUGGCAAUGUGGCCAUGGAGUUGUAACUCUUGGUACAAAUUGUUUGGUGCUUGUUUAAGAUAAAAUGCAGUUUUGUUGUUUUGG